AUGGCUGGUCCCAGUGGCACACUGUCGCCGAUCUCCGUCGACAGCGCCAACGAGUGGUCUCCCACCAAACACCUCGGGGGCAGCGACAAUCCGUAUUCGCCCACUAUCCCACCCACGCCGCGCAGCCAGCUCGUCACACCGCCCGCCUCUGUGCACACCAGCAGCCUCCAGUCGGAUGGAGGCAUCGGCCAGCCACGCACCAUGAGCACCGGAAAUCCCUCGCCGCCAAGCUCAAUCGCACGAUCGAGCAAUGGCGAUGGCAUGAGCAUACGGGACAGGGAAAGCGUCAGCAGUCGGAAAGCUUUGAUGAUCGAGGAGGCGCUAGCGACGCACUACAGAGUCCUUAACCAAUACCUCGCACCAUACCUGAGGGACGAAAAGGGCAACCCGAGACCCAAUCGCGCACGCGACAAGCUGCUACGCUUGUCCAGCGUGCAGUUCCAGGAACUCAGUACCGAUGUCUACGAUGAAUCCAUCCGGCGCGAGGACGACCGGAAAAGAGGAGGCCCGAACAACCCAAACAACAACAUACCCCGAUUUCUCCCCCCGAAGAACAACUAUCAUCCCAAGCGCAACCAAGCUCGUCAAAAGCUGUCUACACUACCUCUCGAAAGAUUUCGGCAACUUGCGACUGAUGUCUUCUAUGAGUUGGAACGCCGGUAUCCCAAAUUCAUACUUCCAGACAUGGACCGUCCAGCGAGCCCUACUGGCAGCGUUGCAAGCAGUCGUCGUGGUCCUCCAAGCGGGAGGAUGACACCGAGCGGAGGGCCUCCGGGAGGUUAUCGCGGGCCUCCUGGACCCGGAGGGCCCCCGUAUCGCAGGGGUCCUGGGCCUGGAGGUCCCGGACUUGGUGUACCCGGCAAUGAGUACGGCAGACCAUUGCCAAAAACAUUCCAGCAAAACACUAUUGUCCCGAACAAAGGCGUUUUAGUGGAGGAUGAUGAUGAUCAGAGCGGAGCAGACGAGGAUCGUGAGGAUGACGACGAUGCAUUUGAUCUUGAGGGCAUUGCACAGAGAUCCAGCAGGAGGACAACAGGAAAGAGUUUCAACAGUAUCUCCCAGAAUGUAAGGUUGCGCGACCCGGCACCAGAGCUUUGGUUCCCUAACCCGGACGGCCAGGACAAACUCGUUUCAGACCUAAACUUGCAAGUUUCGCAACUUCAAGAGAAGACUGAAGAGUUGGAAGCAAAACUAAAAGAAAAAGACCAAGAGCUCGAAAGACUUCAAGAUUCCGAGAGGGAGAAGAAAAAUGGAACGGACGCGGACAAGCCUGAAUUUGCAGAGCUGAGAGAAGAUCUGGAGCGUAAGGUUGAGGAGGCGCAGGGUCUGAAUGAGUCCCUUAAAGCUGAGCUGGAAAAAGUGCGCGAGGAGAGCUCCCAUGUGGAGCAGGACCUCCGCACACAGCUGGAGGAAGGCGGCCACGGCGGUGGAGGCGACAGCGAUUUGAAACAGCGCUAUGAGCAACUUGAGCGGGACUUCCAGGAACAGCAGCAAGUUACGGAAGAAGUUCGCAGGGAAGCGUCUCAAUUCCUGCUUGAGAUGCGCUCGCUCUCUGAGCGCAGCAGCAGUGCUCUUGAAAAGGAGGAGAAGCUCGCAAACCAUGUUUCGCAGCUGGAGACGGAGCUGAGGGAGUGGAAGGCGCGCUACGCCCGGGCGAAGACUCAGGUUCGCCAUCUCCGCGCCUCAUCCAUGGGCCUCGCCAACUUCACCCCCGACGCCUCCAUCUACGCCCGCGACUCCAACUUUGCCGCGCCUGAUGGCCUGAUCAAGGACGUGCACGUCUCAAAGUUCCAGCUGGGCAUCGACGAGCUGUUGCAGACGGCGCGCAAGCCCAACCCGGAGGCGGUUCUUGACUGCAUGAAGAACGUCGUUGUCUCGGUACGCCACAUCACGGCUGAUUUCGAUGCUGCGGGAUCGCCGCCGAGCAGCGCGGGCGGCGACGAGAGCACGGACGCCAAGCGCGCCAGCAAGCUCAAGUCGCGCGUCAGUGCCACCGCCAACAACCUGAUCACGGCCUCGAAGAACCACGCUGCCGCUGCCGGUUUGUCGCCCGUCUCACUGCUGGACGCCGCCGCCUCGCACCUCACGACGGCCAUUGUCGAGUUGGUCAAGAUCGUGAAGAUCAAGCCGACCCAACCUGGCGAGGAAGAUUACGAGGAGUUUCCCGACAGAGCCGAGCGCCUUAGUGUCAACAAAAGAAACAGCUACUACGGCCUUGCGAAUGGCGUUCGACACUCUCGCACCGGGAGUAAUCUCAGCGUGGAUACGGCUCGGUACAGCAACUCCAGCUCGCCUCGAGCAUGGUCGGUACGGCGGUCAGAGGGACCCAACGGAUUGAACGGGGCGCACAUUCCUGCGGUCAAGGAGAGCAGCGGCUUGGAGGAGAUCAAGAACUACCUCGAAGACCAAACCACGGAUCUCGUCAACAGCAUCCAGCCCCUGGUCCAAGACAUCCGAUCUACUCCCGCUGCCGUUCCUUUGUCAUCCGAAAUUGAGCAACAAAUUGAACGAUACGUCACCGAAAUUUCGCGCACCGUCCAGGACAUUAGUUAUAAGACACGUGAGGCUAUAGAGAACGUGCACAACCCAGCCCUGACCAAGCACGCAGCCCCCGCGGUCGAGGUUCUCGAGGAGUGCCGCGAGGGCCUCCUCGAGGCCAUCAACCUGGAGGAGGGCGGGAAGCGCGAUAGGAUCCCGCCGCUGGCGUUCAAGAUCGCGCGAGCUACUAAGGCAUGUAUUGAUUCCGACUUUCUGGAGUUCGAGCAUUGCUUAAGAUUUGACAACUGGGGUGGGCGGAAGGGGUUCGUGGGUGGCUUGCUGACGAUUGUGUGUCUACAGGAACUCGUGUUGCGUGUCGAAAAGAUUGAGAACGGCGAAUUGACGGCGGACAUGACUGUUGCGAACGACUUUUAA